AUGUUCGAUCAUUGUCAACCAGUAUUAGUUAAUAAUCUUUAUGGUUCAUUAAUAAUUAAUACUAAUGAUAAUUCUUCAUGUAUGAAAUCUAGACAAUGGUUUUUUUUCUAUGAUUAUGGUUAUACAUUAUUAAUUCGUUUGAUUAAUAUAACUCAACUACUUUCAAAUUCAUUUAUAUUUAAAAUUUAUUCAAUUAUAAAUAAUAAAAAAACACUUAUAUAUGAUUCAACAAAUAUUACAUUUGUAAAUAAUGAAAUUCAAUUUGAUGUUAAUAAGAAAAAUUCUGGUGUUUUAUUUGAAUUAAUAUCUAUUAAUCAUAAAAAUAUACAACAACAAACAUCAUUUAUAAUUGAUUAUGUUUUUCGAACUAAUUUUCAAUCACGUUAUGGACGACAAAUACUUCAAGACAAUUCCUCUUCUUCAUCAUUCAAUGCCUCUCAACCAUCAUUUAUUGCUUUGAUAUGUGUUAUUGCUUUUCUUAUUGUUGCUAUUAUUAUUGCAAUUUCAAUUCUUUGUUAUCGACAUUAUUCUCAUCGAAAACAUUCGAAAAAACAUAAUAAAUUUCGACAAGUUUUAAAUAAUCAACAAUCAACUGAUCAAAGACAUUUAGCUUCAUCAAUAACACCAUCAUCUAUUUCAUCAUAUUCAAUUCGAUCAUCUCAACAUUUAUGUUCAGAUAAUCAUUAUCCAACUCAAAUUCAACAUCAACAACAUCAACAACAUCAACAACAACAACAACAACAAAAUUCUUCACUUGGUCAAAGUAUAAGUACAUUACCAUCAAUGAUUCCCUCACGUCGUUUACAACAAUCAAUAAUGGAUGCUUAUUUAAAUGAUUUUGAUUCAUUUCAACCAACAAUAAUUGAUCCAAAAAAAUUACAUUCAUAUUUAUUUAUUGAUCUUCAUUCAACAUCAAGUGAAACAUUUCCAGAUGUUAUUUCAAAACAAUAUCCAAAUGACAAUACAACAACAAGUGGUUAUGAUACAUCAACUUGUAUUGAAGAUAGAAAUUAUAAAAAAUCUCAUCGUUAUCGUCGUCGUCGUUAUGUUUAUCAUAAUCAAAGACAACGACGUCGUUCAACACUAGCAUUAAAACGAUCAAAUGGUCCUCGAUUUCUUAUGCGUGAAAGAUCAUUACCAAAUACACUUGCUAAACUUCCACAACUUCGUCAACAAAAUCAUUUAUUUGACAUAAAAGAUCCUAAUAAUAGUAGUACAACAAGUAAUACUAAUCAAGAUCAUAUAUCAACAAAUUUAUCUACGACAACUGAUGAUUAUGAUGAUAGUCAUGCUUAUCAUGUUAAUUCAAGUCGUAUAAUGAAUACGAUUGAAGAAGAACAACCUUCAAUUAUUCAUAAAUCAUCAUCUCGACAACCAUAUGUUUUUGAAAUGGUUUCAACAUAUUGUGGUGAUGAUAGUGAUAUGCCAAAUUAUGAAGAUAUACCAAUACCAUUAAAAUCUUCUUCGUCUAUGAUAGGCAAUGGAAUCGCUUAUGUUAACGAUUCAAUUAUUGUAUAA